AUGGAGGAUGAAGAGGAUGGGUACCUGGAGGAGAUGGAGGAUCAGGAGGAGGAACGCGUCGUCGCGGACGCGAUCUGUUGGUCGUCACGGCGAUCGCAGCCUGAGUACCGCUGGCACGAUGGCCGCAUGUGGCCUGUACAGCGCGGCGGCGGCGGCGGACCCGAAGCAGUGCCCCCUAGGGAGAGGAGCCGGGAAAGGUCAGCGUCGCCGACUUACGCACCGACCUCCCCCGGCUACGCGCUGGCAUCCCCGGAAUCGGACGGACGGGAAGAAGACGCCGGAUUUGACUUGUCCAGUGACGACUCUGCUACCGCCGGAAGCAAGAGGAAGACAUUUGAAUCUUCCGAGGAUUCCUUCUCCCCGUCCGACUACGACGACGACAUGGGAUGUGGUUUGAUCGACGAUUACUCUCCUCCCGUCCCAGCGAAGAAGAAGAAGGAAUUUUCCCGGGCGACGGAAGGAGAGAUCCCGGAGAGAAAACCUGCUGCAGCCUCCUCCUCGUCCGACGACGACAUGGGAUUUGGUAUUUCCGGCGACUACUCUCCUCCGGUCCGAGCGAGAGAGAAGGAGACGGACAGUCUGUCCGUUGCCAUGGCGACCGCUCCGCCGCCGCCUCGCUCAGCCUCUGCGUCUUGCGAUUCGGACGAAGACGACGACGUUGGCUUUGGAUUCUUCGACGACUACCCGUCGGUCGCCGCGCCGACGCCGCUCCAGCUAUCCGCAGCAUCUUCGUCCGUUGCCGCGGAGACGGUCACCGUGGAGACGGUCGCCGACGAGACGGUUACCACGGAGACGUUCGCCGCGAGGGAACUGCACCACGAUGCAAUUGGGGUGCUCGGCUUUGUUAGGGGGAGGGCUCCACAGCAGCAGCAGCACAAGCAGCAGCAGGAGCAGCAGCAACAGCAGCAGCAGCAGCAGCAGCAGCAGCAACAGCAGCAGCAGCAACAGCAACAGCAGAAGGUGACACGUGCGGCAAGCAAGGACACCUACCAUAAGAAGAAGAUGGCGUCGUCGCGGCAACGGAUCCGCGCGGAGGCAGCCGACGUCGCCGACGACGACUGCGACAUCGUCUGCGCAGAUUCCGCGUCGCCCGCUGCGGCGCCGACUCCCACGCCAUCUAUAGGUGGAGCAGGCGGCGGCGGCGGUGGCGGUGGACUCUUCGGUGCAGCGUUGCCUCCUCUAGGCAAAGGCACGUUGGGGUUCACCUUUGGCACAGAGGCGCCACCUGCAGGUCAACACACAUUCGGUUUUAGCUCGCGCCUCGGUGCAACGCACCAUGUUGCCGGUGGCGCCCCCUCUUGGAGACUCUUCGGUGCCCCGCCGCCGCCUCCCCCACCAGGGGGCUCUGGUGGACCUGCGACGACAGCGCCGGUGUGGCCGCAGGCAGGUGGCGCCGGCGUUCCUCGUGCGUCAUGUCACGGCGUCAUGUUUGGCGGCAGGAAGGGAGCGGCGGCGUCGGAUGGUCGACCCUUCGGUGCACCAGCUCCUCCUGCACCAGGCUUGAUCAGUGAGAGUGGAUUCGUCUAUCCCGCCGCGCUGACCAGGACCCCUAGUGCGACCCCUAGCGCGACCUCUAGCGUGACCUCUGACCUCGCACCCGGCUUUCGCUCUGACGCCGGCAUUCGGUUCCGCAUCGUUUCCGUGGCGACGGGAGACCCGCGAGUGAGCCUCAAAAAUGCAGCCAUCGUGCGACGACUGUUCGAGCUACAGAACGAGGAUGGCUUCUGGGAUUGGUCGGAGGAGCUCGAUCGGAUGCUGGGAUUCGAGGGCCACGCAAUGAAGAGGCAGAUGCGAUCGGCCGGCCUGUCGUCCCUCGAUAAGAACAGAUCACAGAUGUAA